ACGGGCAGUGCCUGUGUUCUUUGUACAACUCACUCGGCCACGGACAGAAAGUGGUGUUUAUUUCAUUUUAUGGGGGUGCGUUAUCGAGAAAAGCUCCCGUGGAACGCCGCGAACAUAUACAAAGAUUUCCUUGUGUGCUGAUGGAAGAGAAUUAAGCCGCAGACAAAAAAAAAAUCACGGAAAAGAAAACUUCCUGGAAUUUAUAUAAAUUUAUCUCUAUUUUUCUUGUAUCAUGACUGACCGAAGAUCUCAGUACGAAGGAAUAGAUGACUCGGAAACGAUUAAUUUCACCAUACCGUUGGAAGAAACUCGAGAAACGGUGCCCCUCAGUCCCCCAAAAUCACCUGCCUCUCGGAGAGCUCCCCCACCACCAGUGAUGCAAGAAAAAAGUGCAAGGGUUUCAGACCCCCCAAAGGCCACUGUUAGUCCUGGAUCCGCCCCCGUAAAACCGGUGAUGAAAACCGCCCCUCAAAGUGCUAAAAUUGAUAUGGAGGAAAGAGAUCCGACUCGUAUGAACGACAUUGUUAAGGUAGAAUUUGAGGACAUUUUUGCAGAACCCGUCGGAUCCUACAGUUUUGACGCCGUCUGGCGGCUAAGUUUCCAAGUUUUUACGACUACCAAAUUCUGGUGCUACCGGAUAUUGUCUGUCAUCUGCGCCCUUCCACUGUCCUGUUGCUGGGGCAUUUCUUUCGCCUGUCUGACGUUUGAACAUAUCUGGUGCUCCGUGCCAAGCAUGCGAGUGUUUAAAGUGACAAUACAACCGUUAGGAUAUAUGUGGAGCACCUGCCUACAGCUUGUUUUUGAACCAUUUUGUAUGUCAAUGAGUUUGAUAUUUAGCAAUAUUCGAAUAGUACUGAAAAAGGACACUUAAGUUAAUUAUUACUCAGCAUUUAGAGAGUUACAGAUUUCCAAACAAGUGUAUCGACUGUUUGGAUAUCAUAUUUUUGUAUACAUUUAUUUUAGCUUUUUUUAAUCUGAAAAUUUCGGUUAUCUUUCUUGGAUUGUUGUGACGUUGAACUCUGAGCA